GGCAUAGUGAUUCAUUUUCAUCAUAAGCAGCGCCGAACAUCACAUUAUCGACGCCAAUGAACAAGGCAUGGAGCUUGAUGGCACCGUUCAUGCCUGGGACUCUCACAAGCGGGAAAGCCGCAGAACCUGUCCCGACUCGGCUGCAUCUCCGUCCAGCCAUAUGCAUGGGGCGAGAACCGCGAAAUGAAUCGACAUGUUGUCUCGGAUAUGUUUCAAUUUGCCAUCUUCGGAAGCGGUUGAUGAAACAUGGUGGCGGUGCUUUUGUGAGGCCACGUUGAAGGUAGAAGCGCAGACUUGACCGAUGGUCCUCGGCAGACGGUAUCAUGGGUAAAGCGAAACAAGUUGUAUGGCGCGAAGAGUGUCCACGCGCGAUCCUAUAUCGCGCAGAAUGAACGUCGGCGCCAGUAAGCUUCGUGAGCCUGCAACGGGGGGAAUUUUCACGUUGGGCCACGCCCGUGCACGUAACUCAAUGCCCCAUGACGUCCAUGCGAACGGGCACGGUGCUGAGAGCGAUGGGCGUGGUGGCGCCGCAGCAAACCUUGCGACCUCCGGUUGCACCAUCGGCCAUCCAUGACAUCGCC